AUGGCUCAAACAGCACUAACACAUGGGGGCCACCUUCGGCCCUUGUGGUUGACACACGCCGAUAAACCCAGGCCCAGGCUGACUGCUGAUGACACAACCAUCACAGGAAAGGGAAGCGUAGCACUGACCUGCUCUGUGGAGAACGCGUCUGAGUGGAGAUACGACUGGUUCAGAAGAACCUCAGCCUCCUCUGCAGCUCAGAUCCUAAGAUAUAAUGAAACAGAUGAUGAAAUCAGCAUCUCAGAGGAAGGCAUCUACAGCUGCAGAGGACGGAGAGGAGACACAAGCUUCCUCACAGAGGACAGCAACCGAGUCACAAUAGAGAACAGAGUUUCCCACAAGGCCUCUGUGGUCCUGCAACCUGACUGGUCUCUGGUCUUCAGCGGUGAGAGGAUCACUGUCCGGUGUGAGGUCCCUGCAGAUGAACUGACUGAGUGGGAGUAUGAAUGGACCCAACCCAACUCAACUACGGCUCCAACACACAAUGAACACAGGAUUGUCAACGCGUCCUCGUCCGACAGUGGAAGCUACAGGUGUUUGGCUAAAGACAAGAAGAACUUGAAGUCCACGACCGAGUGGAGUGAUGACGUCACAUUAACAGUUUCUGAAAGACCAGCGGCUCAGCUGAGUGCUGACCACAGAGCCUUUCCAGUAGGGGGCAGUGUGCUCCUGACCUGCUCCGUGGGCCCAACAUCACCUGGAUGGAAGUAUUACUGGUACAGAGGUGAGAAGACCUCGGAGCCCCUGACGGAUGAGGACUUCAAGUCACAUGGACAAAGUGCUAGUGCCUCACGUGAAGGACUGUACUGGUGCAGAGGAGGUAGAGGAGAUCCAGUUUACUACACCCAGUACAGUCACCCAGUCAGGAUUCAUGGAAUCGUCCACAACAGAGCUGCUGUGACUCUUCAACCCAACUGGCCGAGCAGAUACAGAGGAGAAGCCGUCACCCUGAGGUGUGAGAUCCUGGGAGGAGACUCUGAGUGGGAGUAUGAAUGGACAGCAACCAGCUCACAUGCACCCCCCAACACAAAGGAGUUCAGGACCAGUCUGGGGUCAGAUCUGAGAGCCAGCUACUGGUGUCAGGGCCGACUGAAAGGUGCAUGGCAGAACUCAACAGGAUGGAGUGCUCCCCUCACGUUGGACCUGUCUAAUGUUUCAGCGGCUGCACCACCACCUGUCCUCACUGUGUCUCCAUCAUGGCUGACUCCUGGAGCCUCAGGGACUCUCACCUGUGGGGGGGUUCCACAUCCCACUGCAGGAUGGAGGUUCUACUGGUACAGAGCGGACCCCAUUAGUUUGGAUCCAGUCCCCAGAUGUAAACAGUCAAUUCGAUAUGAGUGGAAGGAUGUUCACACUCCUAAGUUCAGUUAUGAGCUGCUCCCAGGAAGCGACGGAGGAACUGAACAAAACUCCUCCGUCAUCCAAGGCCUGACGGAGUCAGCAGGUUAUUCAUGUCGAGCUGGAAGAGGAGACCCCGUGUUUUACACUGAGUACAGUGAGACAAAGUGGGUGUGGCCUGUAGAUUCCAACUCGUCAGUGUCUCUCACAGUGAAGCCGGACUCAGUGCAGCACUACUAUCGUGACGAAUUCCAUCUGACCUGCAAGGGAAACUCUGAUAAGUGGAGAUUGUGGCUGUUUAAUGGAGACAAAGUAGGAUUGUUACAGUGCAAGUUUCAGAAGACUAGCUUCACAUGGAACAUGAAAUAUCUUCCUUCUGGAGUUUUCUGGUGUGGAUCUGGAUCAGAGUUCAGCAACGCAGUCAACAUCACUAAAGGUUGUAGUUUUUCAUUGAAUCUAUUCACACUGUGCAUGUUUCCAACAUCCCAUAAUACAUCACGUGACUGUGUGGACGCCACAGCCCACAGCGCCACCCGGAGGCUGUUUCCCUCUCUGCACUCAAGAGGGAGGUCUUUUGUUCGAGGUGAUGUUAUCCUGGAGAGCCCUGUCCGUCCUGUGACUGAGGGACAGUCAGUCACUCUCAGCUGCUUAUGGUUCAGAAGAACAAAACUCGAUUCCAACAUCUCUUUCUACAAAAAUGGUGAACUCCUCCAAAGUGAUGUCAGAAGGAAACUGGAAAUCUCAGCUGUGUCAAAGUCAGAUGAAGGUUUCUACAAGUGUGAACGUUCAGGAGACUUCUCACCAGAGAGUUGGAUGUCAGUAAAAUCGGCUGCACCACCACCUGUCCUCACUGUGUCUCCAUCAUGGCUGACUCCUGGAGCCUCAGGGACUCUCACCUGUGGGGGGGUUCCACAUCCGACUGCAGGAUGGAGGUUCUACUGGUACAGAGCGGACCCCAUUAGUUUGGAUCAAGCCCCUAGCUGUCCACAGUCAAUUCAACAUAGUCGGAGGGAUAUAAACAUUCCUACGUUCAGUUAUGAGCUGCUCCCAGGAAGCGACGGAGGAACUGAACAAAACUCCUUCGUCAUCCAAGGCCUGACGGAGUCAGCAGGUUAUUCAUGUCGAGCUGGAAGAGGAGACCCCGUGUUUUACACUGAGUACAGUGAGACAAAGUGGGUGUGGUCUGUAGAUUCCUACUCGUCAGUGUCUCUCACAGUGAAGCCGGACUCAGUGCAGCAGUUCUUUCUUAACCAAUUCCGUCUGACCUGCGAGGGAAACUCUGAUAAGUGGAGAUUGUGGAUAUUUACUGGAGACAAAGUACGAUUGUUAGAGUGCGAGUCUCAGGAGACAAGCUUCACAUGGACCAUGGAUCAUCCUCCUUCUGGAGUUUACUGGUGUGGAUCUGGAUCAGAGAUCAGCAACGCAGUCAACAUCACUGGAGUUGGACGUCCUGUUAUCCUGAAGAGCCCUGUCCAUCCUGUGACUGAGGGACAGUCCGUUACUCUCAGCUGCUCAUGGUUCAGAAGAAAACUCGAUUCCAACAUCUCUUUCUACAAAAAUGGUGAACUCCUCCAAAGUGAUGUCACAGGGAAACUGGAAAUCUCAGCUGUGUCAAAGUCAGAUGAAGGUUUCUACAAGUGUGAACGUUCAGGAGUCUUCUCAAAGGAGAGUUGGAUGUCAGUAAAAUUGACUCCUGCAGCACCUCCCUCUGCGUCUCCUGUGCUGCUGCUCGUUGGGCUGGUUGGAGGCUUCACACUGAUUCUCCUCCUCUCACUGCUGCUGUUGUGUUGGUGCAGGAAUUCAAAGAAUCUGUGUUGUGACAGGCUCAGCCAGUCUCUGAGAACCAAUCAGAGCUCAGACCCAACUGUCCACCACGAUGAAAUCCAGCUGCCAGUGUACUCGUCUCUUCUCCACGGUGACGACUGCAUCUAUGACUCAAUCAGAGGAGACACGGAGGAAGGAACCCGAGGUGAUCCAGAGGAGACGUCUGACUACGUUAAUGAAAAUCCACAUUCAGCUUCAGGAGGACUAUGAAUGGUGCAUCCUCCAGAAAACAAGAGCAUGAAAAUCAACAUUCAUCCUGAAACACCUUCACAUGUUAGACUCACCAGUUUUAAAACAGCUCAUUGGAAAGAACGACUUGAUCUGGAUUGAAUUUCAGUAUAAAUGAAAAAUAAAUGUUGUGAUAUUUGCUUUUGUGUUUACGUUUGAUAUUUCAAUUUGCUGAUAUGGGCCUUUUAAGAUAUGCACCGAUAUGAAAAGGUUUAUUUUACAGGAUAAACAAUGUGCAUCAUGAUUAUAUUUUACAUUUUUUAUCUUAAUUCAAGUUCUAUAUAUUCUGUCGUAUUUGUUUUCUUUCAAUUUAUCUUUAUUUCUUUAUGAUAUAAGUUUUACUUGAGCUUUAUUGCAAUUUUAUAUAGAAGUGAUAGUUUUUUGCUCCUUGAUAUCGGUAUCUGCAUUGGCCCCUAAAAAAAGUUUAUUCUGUAUAUUUUUGCCGCAGUCAUGCAACAAAAGUUGGAAUACAACCUGUGAUGUUUUCCAUUUGUACGUAUAUAUAUGUCUUUAUUAUUCACCAAUGACUCAAUGGAGGACGAUGUCAGAAAGGACAUAGUCUGUCUGUGGUUAUGUUCCAUAUACAGUCUGUGGUUAUGUUCCAUGUAAAGUCUGUGGUUAUGUUUCAUAUACAGUCUGUGGUUGUGUGUGAUUAUUUCAAUGGCUUGUAAUUCUCUGUUUGAUGAAAACACUCGUCUGCAGACAGUUUAGCUUUUUGUUUUGAAAUGUGAUGAACUGUAACAGAUUAUAAUUCAAACACAUAAUUUAAUGUGUUUUUUCUUCAUUAAACUUUGAUAUCCCA